UAAUAAAAUGAAAUAUUUUGUGAGUUUUUGUUUGUUGUUUAUCGUGCAUUCGUGUUGUUGUAGUCCAUGUAAAAUAUCUGAAAGCUUAAACAUUACUGGUGGUGUUGAAUUUGACAAUGGCACAGUGUUAUUCGAUGGAGUGCAAUAUACACGGAAGACAUGGUAUGACCUAGAAGAGGAUGGAAUAGUAACCAGAUACGGUUGCCCGUGUAUUGGUAGAGCUUGCUUGUGGAAAUGUUGCGGAGAAGGGCAGGCUUUCUUCAACAAAUCGUGUCUGAACACAGACUAUAGUGCAGUGAACCCUUUCAAUCCUUCAGUCCACAAAGGAAAAGAUCAAGUGGAUUUUGCAUCCAACAAAUUCUUCUUCAUGUAUACAAGAUUAUGCACCGAGAGGUACCUGGUGGACCCGAAUACUGGCAGAGAAGAUAUAUUUAUACAAGAGAAUGCGAGUCUUUACUUGUCGACACCGAGAAGCGAAGUAUGGCUCGAUCCGUCGAGAUACUGCGUUGAUAUGAUGACCAAUACAAAUGAUGAUUUUCGCAUGGUGGCGCUAGUGUGCUAUCCCGAGAAGACGCCAGAAGAUGAUAGCCCAAUACUCUAUAUCACAUAUGCCAUUGGGCUUAUGAUAUCAAUUCCCUUUCUGUUGGCCACGUUUCUGGUAUACGCAUUCAUCCCCGAGCUUCGGAACCUGCAUGGUAUGUGCUUGAUGGCGUACUGCGGAGGCUUGAUCGUUGCCUACACGUUCCUGGCUUAUCUCAAGCUCCAUUCAGGCAAGAUUGGAGUUGCCAUGACUGGUUGUUAUAUCAUAGCGUUCAUAGUUUACUACGCAUUCCAGACGAGUUUCUUCUGGCUGAAUGUAAUGUGUUUCGACAUAUGGAGGACGUUCAGCGGUUACCGUGGCAGCAGUAACAAACGUCGAGAGAAGAAACGCUUCAUUCUCUACGGUGCAUACGCGUGGGGUUUACCCGUUAUUCUCACUGUCAUCACGAUUUCUAUGCAAUUCGCUGAAGUGCCCGACAACAUAAUUACACCCGGCUUCGGCGAUAUGAGAUGCUGGUUCACAAACUGGUUGAGCGAGUUGGUGUACUUCCUAUCCCCUGUGCUCGUACUAGUCGUGUGCAAUGUUGUGCUAUUCUCUGUAACGGCGCACCGCAUUCGCUCCAUCAAGCAGGAGACUGCAAUAUUGAAAGGCGCGGAGUCCGCAAGGAGUGACAAACUGAAACGGGACAAGCAGAGGUUCGGACUCUAUCUCAAGCUAUUCAUAGUGAUGGGCGUGAACUGGACCGUGGAGAUAAUCAGCUUCUCCGUAGGCGGCUCCAAUUGGUACUGGAUCCUCAUCGACAUAUCGAACAUCGCUCUCGGUGCGGUCAUCUUCCUUAUCUUCGUUUGGAAGAAGAAAGUCCGCAAUUUAGUUGCGAAGAAAUGGCGCAGUAUACGUGGUAUAAAGAACACAGAGAGCGCAGCGUGGGCAACACGUUCUAGCUCCGCUCCGACAGAAGACACACGCAUAUCAAACGACGAGACAGCACUGCGCCUUAAGGAAAUACGAUAGAAAUAUAGCAAGACCUGAUAUUUUGUAGAGAAUGCACAUUACUAUAUUGAUCGAAGUAUUUUAAUCGAUCACUUUAUAUAAUUAUGGGAUGUAAUUUAUAAGAAAUCGUCGAACAACGGACUUCCUUGGCCACUGGUCAUAAUGCACCAUGAUACAAAGCGACAAGAUGCAACACUCUUUAUUAAUGUUACCGUGUUAUUCAAAGCAUUUUUUGUGGAAUCUGUUAACGUUAACACUUUACAAAUAAAAUAAUUUACAUAAAAUCAACAAAAAAAGAUAUAUUGUGUAAACAUUUUGGCAUGUUUUAAAAGAAACUAAAUGGAACAGUCGGAAUCAAAGAGUAAAAAAUGUACUUAUAUUCGAUAAUGCACUGAUCAAAAUUGCUUUCCAAUUAAGUUUUUUCUGUGCCAUAAAUCAAAUAUAUUCAACAUUUACACUAGCAGUGUAUUUUAGGAAUCGUUUCUAUUUUUACAUUCUUUUUCUCACCAGUCAUUCUACAGUCAUAAAAUGUUACACAGUACACAUACAUGUAUUGCUAGUCAUACAAAAAUAUUUUUUUGUCGUAAUGUUAAGUAACUUGUG